UCCAGCCUCCUUCGGUCUGGAUGCUUUAUACCUUACAAACAUAGUGAUGGAUUCCCGUAGCCUGUGGAUGGGUGCUCGUCAUCACUUGCAAAUUUCUUCUUCUCAGGCUGCUCCUGAAGGUGGGAUGGGAAGUUCUCCCAUUGUUGGUGGCUCCAGUAAACACAAGAGGAAGUUAAUAGACGCAGACGACUCUGACGAUGAGGGUGAUGGUGAUGACCUUCCUCUCAACUCUUUGGUCGCUAAAGGGAUUUCUAUUUUUGAUCCAAAAACAUCUUCCCCUGCUAAGAUUAGCAAGACCUCCAAGGCUAGCCCAAGCAAGGGGAAGGCUAAGAUCUCUGCCCAUUUGGAGCCACAAGUUAUAGCUGAGUUGGAAGAGAGUUUCUUUUCAGUUCCUAUUGAGAAAUAUGCGUCUAUGAAGAAAAAAAUAUCGGUGAUGGAAAGCUUUCUUGGAGAAAUGAGGAAAACUUCGUUGGUCACCCGAGAUUUUCACCCGGAGCCCAAAAAUUCUGCCAUUGUCCUCCGUCCAGACUAGGAUGUGCGUGAAAACUCCUCUAGUUCGAGUUGUUGGUCCAAGCCCUGAUCCCUCUACUCCAAUUGCUGCAAAUUUGGAACUUGUUCUUAAGGAGGUUGGUGUUGCUAAUAAGUCUGCUGGGCGGAUGUGCCUUGGGAGUUUGAACAUUUGGUUUGUAUUUGGAUGCUUUGGAUUCUGUUAGAUGUUUCCUUGGCACUUUGGUGCUGCUUAGAUAUUAUGGAUUUCCUUCAUAGUUGUCCUCUUUUGAUGGUUUGAUAUAUAACUGCAUGUGGUGGACAAAUGAUUAUUCUAUAUAACUUGCAUUUGGUAAGUAGAGCCACCUGGUUAUUUUUCUAGCUCCAUGAUUUGCAUGCUCUUAGCACCAUUCCAACUAGUUGGAUGGCAGGGUGUCUUUGCCUAUACUUCGAAAAUAAAGGUCUUUCCUGGACGUAUGCA